UCAAAUGGCAGCUGCUGAAGAGCGUGAUGCUGAAUUCCUGCGCAUGCGCAUGCGCACUGUGGUGAUGGACCGUUGGUAGUUCGCAGACCGGCAGUUGGGGCCACCGGUAUCGCUUUUCGUCACGCUCUGGAGUGGGAGUCUAAGAGAUAGGCAGAUCUUCAAUUAAUGGACACAUUCAAAACCCCUGAAUCCGUGGACACAAUGAACAGGAAGCACCUUCAGAAGAUUCCAGACCAAAGUAGCAAUGUCACCACCAGCUUCAUGUGGGGAUGUGAUUCCGGCAAAACUUUUGAACUACUAUCAGGUAUGGGUGUCUCUGCCUUGGGGAAGGAGGUGAACAGUGAGAACAUUCCACAUGAACUGCUCUCAAACCCCGGCCACCCCCAGAACCCUCCAAGGAAAUGGCUAAAGAUCAAGGGCCGUGACAAAGACUAUGUGAUCAUCCGUAGGCCUAAGCUCAAUCAAGAGAACUUUCCAGGUGUUUCCUGGAACUUGCUUCCAGAUGAGCUGCUCCUUGGAAUCUUUUCCUGCCUGUGCCUCCCUGAGCUGCUGACAGUCUCUGGAGUCUGCAAGAGGUGGUACCGCCUCUCACUCGAUGAGUCCCUCUGGCAGUCCCUCGACCUCACAGGUAAAAAUCUACACCCUGAUGUGACUGUCCGCUUGCUUUCUCAAGGGGUGAUCGCCUUCCGUUGCCCACGAUCGUUUAUGGAGCAACCAUUGGGUGAAAGUUUCAGCUCUUUUCGAGUACAGCACAUGGACCUGUCGAACUCAAUUAUAAAUGUGUCAAACCUCCAUGGGAUUCUGUCUGGAUGCUCCAAGCUGCAGAAUCUAAGCCUGGAAGGACUACAGCUUUCAGAUCCCAUUGUCAACACUCUCACACAGAAUGAAAACCUGGUGCGACUAAACCUUUGUGGGUGCUCUGGAUUUUCUGGAUCUGCUGUGGCGACCCUGCUAAGCAGCUGUUGCAGACUGAUUGAACUGAAUCUCUCCUGGUGCUCUGAGUUCACUAAAAAGCAUGUGCAAGCGGCUGUGGCACAUUUAUCAGCUACCAUCACCCAGCUCAACCUCAGUGGCUACCGAAAGAACUUCCAGAAAACAGAUCUUUGUACCUUAAUUAAACGGUGCCCCAACCUUGUUCACCUCGAUUUAAGUGACAGUAUCUUGCUAAAGAAUGACUGCUUUCCAGAAUUUUUUCACCUCAACUACCUCCAACACCUCUCACUCAGCCGGUGCUAUGAUAUAAUACCUGAAACUCUACUUGAACUUAGAGGAAUUCCCACACUAAAAACACUACAAGUUUUUGGAAUCGUGCCAGAUGGUACCCUUAAGCUGUUGAGAGAAUCCCUUCCUCACUUGCAGAUUAAUUGUGCCUAUUUCACCACCAUUGCGAGGCCAACUAUGGACAGCAAAAAGAACCCAGAGAUUUGGGGUAUCAAGUGCCGACUGACUCUGCAAAAGCCCAGUUAUGUAUAAAGUGCUUGCUGCAG